GACGAGGGCUGCCAGUCGCUGAAUGUGAAGUCGCUGGAGAGCGGCCCCGAAGUCCCGAUGUGGCGGUCGUACCCCGAGUGCUCUUGCCGCUCCGGAGCGCAGGAGUGCCCGCCCGAAGCCAAGGGGCCCCGCCCGCCCUCCGCUACGGUGUGCACGGGUGACCUGUUGCUGAAUUUGACUGGGGUGAUGAACAUAUCAACGUGGAUCGUGAGGAACACCAACCUGGAAGAGGAACGCACGUUUGGUGGAUUUACCUUCGGCAUCCAUGUGAAUGAUGUGGCGUGGAGUGUGGGCGAUAGUAUGAAUAGGCUGCUUGCGAUAUCAGAGAGCAGCCCCAUCCCUGAAGGUAACACAACAUCGUGGCAUGAGACUACCACACCUCCGAACGUCUCUUCGUCCUCUUUGCCCAACGAAAGCAGCGACAGUGGUCGCAACAAUUUUAUCAAG